AGCGUAUCGAGGUUAUAUUUACACAUAUUGGUGACAUAUUUUUAAUAGUAUUUGGUAGUGAAUAGCUAUACAUGUUUUUAUGUUGGUGUAUUGCUUAACUUACGGAUUAUUUAAAUAUUAAUUCAUUAGUUAAAUUUUGUUUAAUUUAUUUUUCAAAUUUCAAAAUAUUUUAAAAAUUCUAAAACAUGAAAAAAAUCGAAAGAACUCAAGGAGAUGGAAUAGAUAAUGCUGCACUUAAUGAAACUAAUCAUUUAGAAUCUUUGAGAAAUACUUUUUCUGCUUCCCAACGAAGUAUGAAAAUACUAAAUUCUUUAAGACCUGUAGAGCCGAAAAGUAAAGUUAUUUAUUUGACACCAAAACAUACAUCUUCCACCAAGUCAGCUCCUAAUUAUUUUGUACAAAAACCAAAGGAACCCAAAUUUGUGCCGUGCGAACCCUAUAAGGCUGCAGUUGAACCUUUAUCUACAGGUAAAAAAAAUAACAACAAAAUUCCAAAAAGAAUGGGAAGAAAUGAUAUGGAAUUACAAAAUCUAGUGGUUCAGUUGUCAGAAACUAGAAAAAUUGAAAUGAAUAAGUUAAACAUAAAUGAGCAAGUAGAUGAUAUUAAUCACAAUAAAUUGUUACUGGCAUGGAAAAAAGAAAAAGAACAGUAUGAAGUUGAUUUACAGAAUUUGCGUUCUUCAAAUACACUUUUAGAGAAUCAAUUGAAGUUUCAAGCACAGGUUAACAGUGAAUUAAAAACACUCUUGGUAGCUGCGGUGGGAGAAGAUCUAGAAAACAGGGUACAACAUCUCACUGAAGAUAAACUAUCACUGGCAAGAGCAUUAUUAAAUUCUGCAAAUCAUUUAACUUCACACCAAGAACAGACAGAAUGGCUAUCAGGUCAAUGUGAAGUAUGGAGAAGUAAGUUUUUAGCUUCCAGUUUGAUGGUUGAAGAAUUAGCCAAAUGGAAAUCUGCAUUAUCAAACAGAACUAAUGAGCUGCUUGAAGUAAUUAAAACUCUUCUUACUGAAAGGAAGAAGAUUCAUUCUCAACUAGCUGAACUCAUGAAUAAUUUAGAUGAUAUAAACAAACAUAUCUGUAAAGAAAACUACCAACAGCCAGUUUUGAAAUAUGGAAAUAUAUUGGAAGUGACUAAUGUUUGUCUUGAAUUAACAAAAAUCCUUAGCACUAAUUUGGGUGCAAAGACAAAUGAAAGAAUGGCAAUGCUUAAUAAUUUACAACCAACAGUAGCAGAAAAGACUGCGGAAAGACUGCUCAACAAUCCUAUAUCUAUUAGUAAUAAACCAGAUCUAUUGUGUAAUGCCGUAAUAGGAGCUGCAUCAUCUUUAGGAAAUGAACAAAUGUUUCUACAGUAUCCUUCUCUACAUUCCUGUUGCUCUCAUUGUACAGGAGAACUACAAACUAUUUGAUAUUGUAUAAAAGUGUAAAAAUCAAUUUUUAAGUUAGCAAUAAAUAAGGCAGAUUGUUUACAUUAUAUUUAUUAAAUAAAUUGGAAAAAAAUGUUUUUUUUUGUAUAUAAUCCACUUGUUGAAUUGAAUUACAAAACUAAUGUGCUUCAAAAAACCUUUUAUGUUUUGUGAUAUCUUGCCAUAUUAGUAUUAAAAGCAAAGAAGAUGAUAAAUGUAUCUACUUAUGAUGAGAUUGUAAAUAUUAAUGUUGAAUUUAUAUCAAUACGCAUAUCAAGUGACCUAACAAGGUUUAUUUCAAAAUAAGUAUCAACAACUAGAUGUUGUAUUAUUCACUUUGUGGAUUAAAAUCAACAGAACAAGAGAUUAUUAUUACAAAUUCUUUUUUAAUUAAAAUUAACAAUAUUGCAUUUUAUAAUAAUCCAUCUAAAAUUAGCAGAAGAUAGUUUCUCUAUAAACGGCACUUUGGUUCAACACCUGGUACAUCUGCCAUUAGUCAAUUUCAAACUUUAGUGUUAAUAUAUACAAAUUAUAUUUCAACCAUAGAAUGUUUUUGAAUAUUAUGAUAUGUUACCAGAAACUUUUAAUUAUAAUCAGUUUCAUAACAUUUUUUAUUAUUUGGUCCCAAGGUGAUGUUUUUCCAAAAACUCCCAAAAUCGAUUUUGUAUACUUUUUUUAAACAAGUUUAAAUUUGACUGUUCGGAAUAUGGGAAGAAAUAAUAGAAACAAUUAUUGCUUAUAUAAUAAUUUUAUUUCAGAAAUAUUGAAUCUACAGUUUCCUAUUUUUUUUUUCAGUAAAUUGUGAACUUUGGUAUAACUAUUACUAUAUAAAUUAUCAAUUUAUGUCAUUUUAGUUAAUUGUUUAGCAUCUUUAAUAUUUGUUUGAUUUUUUUUAAUAUCGAAAUAUUGUUUCUCGAAAUAUGGAAAUAAAUCGAUAUAAUUUGUAAUAUUUUUAUUUUUGAUUUAGUCUAGUUUUAUGCUCAAAAUUUCAAGUUGAGAAUUUCAAUCAUUUUAAAACUGAAAAAAUCGCAUUUUCUAUUUGUAGGUGUUUCUUGUUCAUUAUUCGACUGAAAUGAAUGUUUUCCUUCAUUACGUCAACAAAAAAAAAGAAACACUAAUAAGAUCUAGAUUAAAUCAUCAAUGUCUAUAUUCAUUUACUUUCAUAUCUUGAGAUUAAUUAUUUUUCUCUUAUAUAAUCUAUAUGAUGUAAAUUUAUUUAGGAUUCUUUUAUAAGUGCGGGUUUUAUCAUUUUUAUCUUAUUCUCACAAAUAUUAAACUAUUUGUAUAAAAAAUAAUAAAUACUUCAGCAAUAACAAAGGGUAAACUGUGGUUUCCUCACUUAAAAUAUUUUCUAGUUUCUACUUAGGUAGGUAUAUACAUACAUAGAAUGAUCAUCAAAAAGAUGUACUUACAUCAAGGGGCUCUAAACAUUUUAUUGCUAUACAAACCGUUGAGAAUUUAUUUUUACUUGAGACUUAUUCCAUCUGUAUUAUAAUAUUUGAAAUAACUCUCCCUUUAAAUAAGCUUUCUCUAAUUUGAACUAAAAUUUCUUUUUAUUUCAGCACUUAACAGAUAUAUGUUAAAACAGUUUGAAAAUUAAUAUUCCAAUCCAAUAAUUCAUAUUUUCUGUUUUAACAUUGAGUUCAAAUAGUGAACAAAUUUCACAGAGCAGUGGUUACGAAAGUGGUUAUGAAACCACAUAUUUUCUAGCAUUCUCUAAUACCGAGGUAUUGAAAAUAUGUUUCAACGGCAAAAAACACGUUGAAAAAUGCUUUGAAGUCUGUAGUUUGCCAAUGUACCACUGGCACUACGGCCAUCAAAGAGCCUUGGCUUCGUCCACCACAUUCCUCCAGUCAUCACGGUCCAACGCUCGGUGUUUCCAUCCCCUUACACCAAGCUCCCGAAGAUCCUCUUCGACAUCAUCCAGCCAUCGUUUGCGCAGUCACCGGUAGUAGAGUCGGUAAAACCCAAGUGUUUGUAUUUCUGCGUCAUACGCCCUGCUCGCACACUGGUCUUAUAUUCGGCGUAAGAUUUUUUGUUCCCACGUGUCAACACUCAGGUAUCGCUAGCGUAUAUAACAACCGGGAGGAGAAUUGUGCGAUAGAUCCACUUUUUAGUUCUCCAAUUCAGUAAACGUGACUUUAGUAGUCGUUGAAGAAUGAAAUUGACUCUAUUCCCCGAUUUCAAACGUUCUAUUAUUUCCGUUGAAUUAUUAUUUUCGAUCACUAGUGAUCCCAGAUACACUUUCAAACUUAUACGCUCUCGACUGAGUACAUCAAUGUCAUCAGCGUAGAAAUUACUAGAUGAUGAUGAUGAAGUUAGCCAAAUCGGGAACAUUAACAGAAGAAGAAAUAACGUAAACCGUUAUUCUUGGUGCUGAGAGGGAUGAUAUAGACGAAGAUUUAAACGACAAGCCACAAGAUCCACCUACGAUUAUAUAAAUAUAAGGACAGCUGUAAACAUUUUACGAGUAAUACAGAGGACGAAGUUUUCUAUUCCUUAUUUGAGAUUGAAAAUAAAAUUCAUGUAGGUGUGAAUGGUUUGAAACGACCAUUCACAAAAUAACAGAUUUUUUUUGUAGAAUAAAAUAAAUUUCAAUAAAUGUAUCUUUAAAUUUAAAUUAAAUCCUUAGUAAGUGAAAUCUCUAUAGCUUCCCUUGGUCUUUAUCUUUAGAGGCUCUACCGUAUUU